AUGGCUGAGGAAGGCGCUGACGCUGAUGAUACGAAUGAAACGUUUUUUGUACCAGUUUCUGAAAUGGGUGGCGACAAGAGUCCAGAGAAUGGUUCCGAGCCUCCACGAAAACGAAGUUACGGCGGAGGUUUCAAUUCAAAAAAGAAGAAAAUGGACUCUCUCCAGGAAGGUCUGGAAAUGAUACGUGAAAUCACAGCUUCUUUGAGACAGAGGUUAUCGGCUGCAUCCAUGGAUAAAUAUGACCGAUACGGUGCCUUCAUUGCUUCUUCACUCCGAGAAAUGCCGGAACCUGCAUCACAACGUAAAAUGGCUCAACUAAUGGACUGCUUGUUGAAUCAAGGGAAUCGUAGUGGUUCUUAA